GCUCAUCAGAAGUGCACUGAUGUUUUCCCGGCUUCUGCCAGCGCUGAGCAGUCUCUGCUUAAAGACUACUUGGACUAGCAAAUAGAAUCGGGAAAUCAAAACUCGUAUAAGAUCAUCGACUUUGGUUCAUUAUGCCUCCUAUAAGUCUGGUGUAACAUGGACGCCAUUUAACAUUUUUUCUUAUACUGUACUUAUUGUACUUGUUGUUACUGUUAGUACAUACGUUGCACGGCCUUUCGAAUUUACAAAAUUUAAUGGUGUUGCAAAUUGCGGGUAUUUAGUAUUUUCUAAUGUGAAUGUACUUCUGUUUUUUGACAAUUGAUGGGUCCAAACGGUCAUCUCUUUUUUAUAUCGGCGGUACAAUGCAAUCUCUCCUCAUAUUAUUAUUUUUGUCAACGCUCCACCUAUCAUUAGCACUUCCACCAGCGCUGAAUAUUGCUGGAAUAUUCGACAAAAAGGCCGAUUCACUUCAGGCCUACAACGCCUUCAAAUAUGCUAUCCAGACGCUGAAUGAUGGCCGAAAGGCGGCAGCGCUGCCUAACACUAAGUUUGUGUCCAAGGACAUUCGGGAAUUUCAAGCCGAUUUGAUAACUGGACCAUCCCAAAGUAGUCUGCGAACUACUACGCGAAAAAAUUGCGGCAAUUUUUGGACCUCAACGCCGAUUAUCUACGGCGCUCGUCCAGUCGAUUUCCAACAGCACCAGUGUACCACAUUUCAGCGUACGUUAUUCGCCGUCGGAAAAUCUGAAUUCCAAAAUGACCAUUAACAUGUACCCGGAUCACUGGACCGUUUCCAAAGCUUUGGUGGAUUUGAUUGGCUAUUUUAAUUGGACAACAUUUGCUCUUGUUUAUGAUGAUGCCGAAAGUUUGAUUAGAGCGAGUGGUAUAUUAAACGGAAUGUAUGACCUUAAACCAAAGUUGUACAAACUCAAUGCAAGCAACAUUUCGGCUACCCUUAUGGACGUUAAAGCCAGCGGCAUAUCGUUUUUCGUGUUGGAUCUGCCGGCCAAGCAGGCUUUGCAGGUUUUGCGGGCAGCUAAAACACUGGAUAUGGUGGACUACUAUUUUCACUACAUCUUGACUGCAUCGGACAUUCACCUGCUGGAUUUGAACGAUAUCUUUUCGACGCACGUAAAUAUUACCGCUCUACAGUUAGUAGAUUUUGACGAUAUUCAUGUGGCUAAAGCUGCAAAAGCUUGGGGAGCGCCUUUGAUGGAAGGACAAUACGGGAAAAUAGGUGUAACGACUGAAGCGGCUUUGUUACACGAUGCCGUUAUGGUGUUUGCCAAAGCAUUAAGGAAACUGGAUGCUGUUGUCGAUGUGACACCUGCCUCCGUAAAUUGCGAUGACGCACGGCCAUGGAUUCAGGGAGGAGAAAUAUACAACCAAAUCCUAACAACUAAAAUAAAGGGACUGUCAGGUGACGUGAUGUUCGAAAGCAGCGGCCUAAGGUCAUCGGUACGGUUGCACAUAGUGGAGCCACUUCGAUACGGACUGCAGAAGGUUGGCCAAUGGACAGCCGAGCAAGGUGUCCGCAUCAUGUUCAACUACACAGGGCAGCGGGAGUUCGUUCAAAGUUCAAUCAAGAAUAAAGUCCUGAAAGUGCUCACUAAACUGGAACGCCCCUACGUUAUGGAAAUGGCCAAUGCAUCCUUAUUAAGCGGAAAUAAGCGUUACCGUGGUUUUUGCGUGGACAUGCUGGAUAAUAUCAGCCGCACACUGAAUUUCUCAUAUGAACUCAUUGUCAGCAACCUUCCCUACGGAGAUCAAGAUCCGGUCACUAAGGAAUGGAAUGGCCUAAUUCGGGAACUAAUCGACAAAAGGGGCGACAUGGUACUAGGCGCCAUGACCAUUACGACCGAACGCGAGGAGGUCGUCGACUUUUCUCAGCCGUUUUUAUAUCUCGGGGUGCGGAUAUUGUUGAGAAAGCCGGAGGGAAGCCCCAAAACUUUGUUCUCUUUCCUCGUACCGCUCAGUCUGGAGGUCUGGAUCUACAUAUUGAUAGCAUACAUCGCCACGUCCGGGGUGAUGUUCAUCAUUGGUCGCUUUAGUCCCUAUGAGUGGUAUAAUCCCAAUCCCUGCGUGGAGGAAGCCGGAGUGGUGGAAAAUCAGUUCUCUAUUUUUAAUGCCAUGUGGUUCACUAUUGGAUCGCUUAUGCAAGAAGGGACAGAAGUAGCCCCGCGGGCCAUAUCGACCAGAUUUUUGGCUGGAAUCUGGUGGUUCUUUACCAUGGUCAUGGUCAGCAGCUACACAGCUAAUCUAGCUGCAUAUCUAACGGCCGAGCGAAUGAAGCUUCCCAUUGAAAACGCCCAUGACCUGGUAAAACAAAAUCAAAUUAAGUACGGCUGUUUGGAGGGUGGAGCCACCUGUAACUUCUUCAAGAAUUCCGUAUAUCCAGAUUACGUACGUAUGUGGGACGCUAUCAAGGCUGAUCCCAAGAAUAAUUUGGUGCAAUCCCAUGAUGAGGGUAUCGCCAAAGUAAAAAAGCCAGAGGGAAUGAAAGGAUACGCAUACUUAAUGGAGUCUAUUACACUCGAUUACAUCACCUCUCGAGACUGCAACUUGACGGGGAUCGGUAAUCCUUUGGACACUAAAGGCUACGGAGUCGCAUUUCCCAAAAAUUCGCCAUUUCGGGAGGAAAUAUCGGUAAUUAUUCUGACCCAGCAAGAUAAAGGAUAUCUGGAAGAGUUCCGGAUUAAAUGGUGGAAACAAGAGGAUGGCGGGGACACCUGUCACGAAGCGGCACCUUUAUCCGGCACCAGCGCAAUGGGACUGGACAUGGUGGGCGGUGUCUUCGUCGUUGUUCUACUUGGUGUUCUGCUUGGCAUAGUGGUGGCAGUACUUGAAUUUGUUUGGAAAGCCAAAAAAAAUCCAGAUGAAUACAAGGAGCCAAUCAUGAAGGAGGCCUUCAAAUCCAUUGCUGAGGCCAUACGUUCUCCACACGCUCGAGCUAAGACACUUCUACGUGCCGCGACCCCGGGACAGCUUCGGGAAGAAGUUAUGUCGGCCGCAGUCCCUAUGCUGCCUAACAGACGAAAUGCAGUAAUAUAAUGAAACUGUGUCCAAAACGGAUAAUUAACGUUGCCACCUGUUUUUAAAAUGACUGUGGCCUGUGAGAUUGUUGUUCAUGCGCUCCUGUUCAUGCAUAAGGUCAAUAUCUAAUACGAUGACCAAAAAGCGUGCAUACAAAAUACAGGUAUGAGUACUGUGAAAUGAAUACUGCGUUCACCUUUUGGAUUUACGUAAAAUGGCUUGACGGCGUAAUUAAA